AUGGCUGGGCCUACUCAAUCGGAAGACGACACGUUCAACAAUGUCAGCAUCACCAGCACCCAAGAGUCUUUGCAUCAAUUUCAAGAUGACUUCUCGGGAUCUCACACCAGUCGCCGCGAAGUCGUCAAGAGACUUCACUAUACCAUCAGCCUACCACCCGUUAGCGAGAAGCGUAUGAAGAAGCUCCAAAGUACCCGCGAAGCUGUCGCCAACAAUGCUGCCUUUACCCAAGCCAUCGCGGACCUUUUCCAAGGCCUAGGUGAUUGGGAGACAGGCGACAUCGCUCUCGUCGUAAGGGUUGCCUCUCCUUCGGAUACAGACGAGGAUUUGUUUGAUUCCUUGGAUAGCAGCCACUCUGGCAGACCAAUUUGGGAUACGCGUAACGACUUCAAGUAUAUCAGCUUCGACCAGUCAUUGGAUACUACAUCGGGCCUCGCAAAAGUUAGGGCUAUAUCCAGCGUGGAUUUCCGGGAAGACUUCAGCAAUGUCAAAAGACGACUUCACCCCGCCUGCAUCUCUAUCAUAUCCCAGGCACUCCCCAACGUCAAGGCUUUAACGUGGAACUGCAUCAUGCCUUCACGCCGCCUCGAUUCCUCAAGAAAAGAAAUUCGUCUCGCUCUCGCAGAGACCUUGAAGCAUGGCGCUUUCACUAACCUCAAAAGCCUCGAGAUCUAUCUCGAAGAUCCAGACCCGCUGAACGAAAGCUUUGAUCCCGGGGCAUUUUGCCAGAGCUCCGGGGAAGACGCCCUUUCGUUGGCCAUUAGCAGAAUUUUACAGCUACCUGCAAUUGUCAAAGUGCAGCUCACGGGUCUCUGGACUAUCGCGCCUACAGCUUUGGAGGCGGCAACGGACUUUGGGCCCUUGUUAGAGUCGGUUAAUAUUGAGGGCAGCGGAACAACCCCCGACGGUAAAUGGCUUAGCAUCGGGGAAGAAGAGGACGAUGUGGAACAGGAUGAGCCAGACUCAGACUCGGACGCUUCUGAGGCUGCUUUUGACUCUGCAGACUCGGAGACAUCCGACUUUGUUCCGGAGCAUGAAUGGGAACGGGAAGCCGGGAACUUUCCGACGAACUUGUGGCGAACUUCAAUCGAUACCGAGUGCCUCCUGAUGUAA